UAUGCCAUCGCGUGUUUGUAGUGGACAAUAUAUGGUAAAAUAGGACGAGCAUCCACAUUUAUUCGAAGCAAGUCUCAGUCUGGUCUUCCCAGACUUUCCGCCUGGCUGCCUACCCUUGACCAUGUAUUCACACCUCUGCGAUGACAGUCAUAGCGUGUCUUGAUCUGACUGGCCCUCUCCUUCUUGGCCUCGGAACUGCUGGCGAAGACCUUGGUGGUAUAAGCGUGUGGGCGCUCAUGUUGGGUGAAAGCGGUUCCAAUGCUGAUCUGGUGCCGUGCCUUCCAGUCUGCGAAAAAGCUAGCCCUGAGGUAGAAUACCAGUCGAUUUCGCUUAUCUUGCGUAAAUACCCGAUCCUCUGGGAUCCCACACGCAUGGGCAGUUUCUAUAAUGACUGGCCUCAGGGGCGUUGUUGCGAGUAGGUGUGCCGCCAUCAUCAUCCUCAUCUCCAUCGAUACUGACAAGGUCGUCUUCGUAAUCCACUUCGUGGUCGUGGUCUUCGUUGUC